AUGCUUCCGCGACCGUCGGGUCGAUUGCGGACAAUCGCCUGUCUAUUCGCUUUAUUUCUAGCUGUAAUUGCUGAAGUGGUCCCAGCUCGGCGCUCUUGUCGACGCCAUUUUUUGGCUGGUCAAAGCAAGACACAAAUCCUUCCAUUAAGGCUAAAUGAUGGAGUGCAAUCGAAUGUACUUUGUGAGAUGCCUCACACUGGAGGAACGGAAAUCGUCACUGUGAUUCAAAGCGGUCUUUAUCAAUCAUAUCAAGUUCGCGAGAAGAAAACCGUCGGAUUUCAAAUUCGUGAUUUGGAUUUGCUGCAAGAUAUCUUGCGAAGGAACAAUUGCCGUCAAAAUGUCACAAUCAUUUGGCCACCUGGUUUCAACAAUGAGAAGGGAAUUGAUCUGAAAGUUGCUUCUGUCCUCAACACAGUCACAACAUUCUCAUUUUCUGAUGCAAUCGCUAAUCAAAUAGAAACGAUUUUGGACGGAGAAGCAGCCGGGAUUCUCCAUGUUUUCCCUCAAGAACCCAACUCAGAACUGGCGCCGACUAUUCAAGCAUCGGAAAUCAGAUGUAUUCAGCGAAUCAAUCCACAACCUGAAUGUUUAAUUGAUUCGGAUCGUGGCGUCGAGAUCUCAUUUGGUGCAAGUGAUGAAUAUUUCGAGUUCACUUUUCGAACCGAUCACACAGCGCAGAGUCUCUUUGAAGUCUAUAUGACUGAGAAUCUCGUCAGUCACUAUCGAUUGGAGAAUGAUUUCUUUAUGAGAAUCGAUGGUUAUCCCAGAAAUUAUGUGGGUAUGUUGGCGGAUGGACGAUGGCAUACAGUCAAGUUUCGAAUCUCGACGAGAGCCGUAGAAAUCGAUGGACGAUACAAGUUUCAACCGAAUCUCGGCUUAGAUGAGAUGAAAGUGAUUCGAUUGGUUGUAAAAGUCGAUGGACAAGUGAUCUUGACUCAUCCGGUUGAUGUGGCUAAUGAGUGCAUGGAAAGUGAUCGAUUGCAUAAAUUGGGACAAAACCUUCGAUCUCGUGAGUUCUGUUGGGAUCAACCGAUUUGCACUUGUAAAAUUCUUUCCUCAAUUUUCGAUCCUCUUCCAUCACCAGCUUGUGGACACAGAGAAAAUGAAGAACAACAAGCUUAUCAUCUUCUCCGUGUUCCCGAUCUUCUCUCUUUUCUUUAUUUACCUGAUGUUUUGAGUCCAUUGAGUAUCAAAACGGCGAUGACUUUUCGAUCGGAUGCAGACUCAGGAUUAUUGAUGUUUGGGAGUUGGAAAGAAGAGGAAGAAUGGGGAAGAUUUCAGGUGCACUAUCAUGGCGAGAAAAUGACAGCAAUGUAUUGCACUCAAAGUGAGACUUUCGAUGAGAAAUGCUCAGCUUGUGCUGUUUACAGAAUUGGAGGUUUUUCAUCGGACAACUGGUCAAGAGUUGCUUUCUAUAAAGAUUUGGAUUCCUACUAUUUGAUGGUUGAUCGAGAGUUGUGCGAAUUAAAGUUGCUCACUGAGGAGAACGAGUUUGACACAUCUGAGAUGUACAAGACUUUACUCAUUCGUGGCUCGGUUCUUUUCAUCGGUGGAAUGUUUCAUAAAAAGGUGAAACCCGGGAUUUACAAGGAGGAUUUUCGGCAGAAAUAUUUUGAGAAUACAAGAGAGAAAUUGCCGUCAUUAAGAGGUUGUGUGAAAGAUGUUUUCUCAAAUGGUCAUCGAGUGAAUUUACAUGAGGAAUUCGAGAGACAAAUGACAAAGACACUUGUCGCUCCUCAGAAACGAUCAUUUGGAGUGAUGCGUGGCUGUGGCGUUUGCGCAGUUCGCUGUAAAGGAGAUGCUCGUUGUCGUCCGAUGACAAGCAGUCGAGACCCGGAAUUCGCAUGCGAUUGUGCGGACAAUUAUCAAUAUUCAAACUUUGGCACUUGUCGAAAGCCUAGAGACGGAAGUCUCUCUCUGUCAGCCACCUCUCUAAACGCUUAUCGAUCAAUCUACACAGUGCCGAGAAAUUCAGGAGUACUGCAACGAAUCUGGCUCAAAUUGCGUUUACCAAGUGUAGAAUUAAAGGAAAACACACCACUCGUCAUGUUUUAUUCAUAUGGACGAAUUAUUUUCCGAGUCUUCUUAGACGUUUAUGGGAGUUUGAAUGUACAAAUGAAUCCUGAGGAUCCAGGAGUGUUCACAGCAAGUGCUGGAAAACAAAUCCCGAAAGGCGAUGAUCGGAUUCAUUUGGUGAAAUUGGAGCGACGAACUCCACUCGGCACUCAUCCAUCAAGACGUUUCUUUAACUUAUAUAUCGAUGGCAGCAAGUUCAGCGUUCAAGAUCCGGGACUCCCAUUGACGAGUGUCGAGUUUGCAUUGAUCAAUGUUCUAAACGAUAAAGAGGCUGGUUGUGUGACUGAUUUUGGAGCAGCUUAUGAAUAUGAUGAGCACAAUGGAGGAAUGGUUCAACAGAUUGAUCUUAAAGGAUUGAUGAUGCAAGAUUUGGGACUCUCGGAUGGCAAUGAUACUUGUGGAGCGGUUGAUCCGAGACUUUGGAUCUACGGACCCCCAGAAAGUGAGCCAUCGGUCUUCGGAAAGAUUCACGAUUACACGCCGAAUGGUCGACCCGAAGCAGCUCUUUUAUUAUCUCCUCAAUGGAUGAUCUACUCAGUUCUCCUGACUUGUUUCCUCGUUCUUUUAAUUCUCCUUUGUCUCUGUCUUUAUUGUUUCUUGCUCAAGAAAGGUGGAAAGAAAAUCGAUGAUGAUGACCUUUAUCCGGAUUCAAAAAUGAGCCGUCAUUUGAUCAGAAGACGAUCCGAUGAAUAUCCAGUGAUUAUGAGAAGGCCAACACUGGAAUCAAAUCGAGACAGCUAUAUUUCGGAUAGUUUGGACAAUUCGGAUAUUCGGGCUUACGAUGACAUUCGGACACACAAAGUCAAGAUUGACAGGGAAUCGAUGAUCUCCUUUCUCGAUCCAGUGAAUGAAGAGAGUCGACUCGCACAAGCAAGAAUAGUGAGGAGAAAUGUCGAUGAGAAUGCUCCACUCGUUCAUAUUCACGAUUUUGAGCAC